UGAUAACCAACCUUGGGGCGGCGGGUUUCUCAAGGCUAUUGCACGGUCAGUGUGAGACUAUAAAAUGCCUCUGGAACGCCUGGAAGAUGAAGGUCUUGAGAAGAUCCCUAACCUUAAGCUAGCGCAAUGGACAUUUCGUGCUGGCUUAGAGAAAACACCUGAACCUUUGCGUAAGCAGCUUCUGGAGAAAAUCACCAAAUGUAUUCAAGAUGAUAAUAUGGCUCCAUAUUACGAACUUGUGUGUAAAGAGCUUAAUCUACCAAUUGACCAACGAAUCUUGAAAUCUAUGCAGUCAGUAAAUGAAGCAAAAAUUAAGGAGUUAGAGGCAAAGAUUAAAGAUGCGGAAGAGAAUCUAGGUGAUACAGAAAUCAGAACCGCCAUGAUGGAAAAAGCUCACUAUCUUAGUAAGAUUGGUGACAAGGAAGGUUCUCUGUCCCAAUUUCGACUGAUUUUGGAUAAAACCUUAAUGCCGGGCUUUCGAUUAGACACAAUUUUCCAUAUCAUACGAAUUGGAUUCUUUUUUGGAGAUAGAGAUUUGGUUACAAAGAACAUAGAAAAGGCAAACAGCCUAAUUGAAGAAGGUGGAGAUUGGGAUAGACGAAAUCGACUUAAAGUUUACCGUGGUUUAUAUAGUAUGUCAGUUCGAGAUUUCGAUACUGCUGCUAAGAACUUCCUUGAUGCUGUCGCCACAUUUACUAGUUAUGAGUUAAUGGAUUAUAAAACAUUUAUCAUAUAUACAGUUAUGUCUGCAAUGAUUGCACUUAAACGCCCGGAUCUUCGAGAAAAGGUUGUUCGUGGAUCAGAAAUUCAAGAAGUUCUGCAUGGAUUACCUACUGUACGUGAAUAUCUCAUGUCCUUAUUUGAUUGUCGUUAUGCUGACUUCUUCCUUUCACUUGCUGGAGUUGAACAGUUCAUGAGUUGUGAUCGUUAUUUGCACUUACAUACAUGUUACUACGUUCGUGAAAUGCGUAUUCAUGCAUUAAGUCAACAUUUGGAUUCAUACAGUAGUUUAAGUUUAGAUAGUAUGGCCGCAUCGUUUGGUGUAACUCCAGCAUUUUUGGAUGCUGAAUUAUCACGUUUCAUAGCCAAUGGUCGAUUAGCUUGUAAAAUGGAUAAGGUUUCAGGUAUUAUUGAGACAACACGUCCAGAUAACUUGAAUUUUCAAUAUCAGACUAUGAUUAAACAAGGUGAUAUUCUACUGAAUCGAAUUCAAAAACUGAGUCAGGUUAUCAAUAUAUAGUGGAAUACUAGUAUGCAUAAAUAUUACCCAUUGUUAUCUAAUAUACGAUAGUAAUACAGUGAUGAAGUUUUGUAUACAAUAACUGUACUUUUCAAAAUACUGUUUCCUUUUCUA